GUUGUCCAUCUCUGCCAGGCAACUUGCGCAGCGAGCAGCGAUAUGUCCUCCCGAGUCAAAGCCAAGGCGUCGCGGGCGGCGGCGGUGCCGAAGGGGGCGCGCUCCAAGACUCUGCGCUCGGUCGACACGAACGUCUCAGCGUACGACCGCACGGACCCGUUCACCGCGCUCAACACGCUCCUCAGGCUCCUCGUCUCGCUCCCGACGCGCCUCGGCGGCUGCCAGUACCGGCUCAGCCCCGACGAGCACGCGCUCUCGCUGCACCUGCUCAGCAUCGUCGAGCCCUUCGUCGGCGUCGCCGAGUCGCAGCGCUCGUUCACACGCCAGCCCACCGAGCUGCUCGACGCGAUCGUCGGGCACGUCGACUCCAGGCAGGACCUGCUCGCCCUCGCGCUCUCGUGCAAACGCAUGCAUGCGAUUGUGUUUCCACGGCACUUUGAAUAUCGCGUCAUCCGCGGCAAGGUCAGCUCCCUCCGGCUCUGGAACCACCUUAUCGUCAAUCGGUCCCUCGCACGUAACAUACGCGUUCUCGAAGUUUUGGAUGAGAGAGCGGCUGCGCAGGAGGUUUUACCGUCUGGAAUCUCGACCACCGAUACAGACCUGGAGUCCACGGACGAUGAGCUUGGAUUACAUGUGAAGCACGAACGGUUUCUGGUCUCCGCUCUGACCCGGAUGACUACCCUGCGCUCGUUCACUUGGUCCUGCAACCAUUCGCCCAUAUCCAUGGAGCAAGUUUGGCCGGCCCUGCUGAAAUGCCGGACCCUAAGCCACAUCGAGAUCAAUGACAACUUGCUCUUCGCGCCAGGGAAUGAAGGGAAUAACAGUCAGGAUCAGAGCAAGAAGUCCAUCGUUCUACCUGAAUUGCGAACGGUGUCGCUGAAGUCGACCAAGCAUACCUAUGGCGCGACCAAGACACCGUCACUGACGCGUCUAUCGACAAUGCUGAACAACUGUCCAAACUUGGAGGAUCUGACUGUAGGCUAUGCACAACGCCGUAGCGGAGACUACCUGAGCCCCGUCGCCGACGACUUACUGCUCUGCGGGCGCUGGCCUUAUCUCCGCUCUCUCACCCUGACGAACCUCUGGUGCCCGCCGCAGACGGGCCUGGACGUCACGAUGUCUUUUCUCGCCGCCCAUGCCAACCUGCAGGUCCUGCAUCUCGACCUGUCGCUAGGCGCGGCGGCGGCGGCAGGCCCGCUCGUCCUGCCCGCCGACGCUCUCCCCCGCCUGCGGGAGCUCCGAAGCAACCGCGACUUUGCGAGCGCGGUGCUGCACUGUCCGUGCUCCGCGGACGGCGGGCGCCCACUCGAGAUCCUGAAAGGCAUGAAGCUGAGCGGCAGUGGAUGGGACGACAGGUUCCUGGCGGGGCUGAAGAAGACUGGGGCGAGCAUGAAGCGUAUCGAGCUUGCGGGGUGGAACGACGUCGAGGACGUCCGACGGCUCGUGUCGUGCGUUCCGAAACUCGUCUGGCUGGAUGUCGGCAAACGGGCCAACAGCGCACCCGCGGCAGCGUCCUCCGCGCCUGCGAACCUCGUGGAAUGGCUCACCGUCCUCUCGCCGCUGGCCGAGCUGACGACGUUCCAUGGCGUGCGGCUCUUCUACGAGGUGUCCGCGACGGACCCGACGAGCGCCGUCUCGCUCUCGGAGCGCAGCCGUCUGCGCAAGAACGAGGAAAUCGCGUCGACGCUCGUGUGGAAGUGUGCGAAGCUCCGUCGUGUCGACCAUUGGGAGGAAGGCUCCGGCAAAGUCGUUGUCCUCGUGCGCGACGGCGAGAAGGCCAAGUACGAAGUCAGAAGGGUCAAGGCGUGAAUCGAGCCCGGCUAGAUGAGAUAUGGACGCUGUUGCGAAUGGAAUGGUUGUAUACUGAAACGCGUUUUCUGAAACCUCCGUGGAUGCGCUCACUAGCUCGUAAAAGUGUAGAAUUAUCAAAGAGAGCAAUGUCGGAUUGUACAUUCGCUCGUGACAGUCCGCAAAUGCAGAGUUUCGCUCUAUGUUUGACCCUGUUGUGGCUAGCUUCGUGGCGUCCGGUGACGCCUUGCUCCCUGAGCUCGGCCUUUCGUCCAGCCAUAGGUCCAGUAUACGGCUAGUUAGCCUUAUCUAGUGCUCAUCGACGGUACGCUUCGUGAUAGCUUUGUCACACUCAACUUCGUCACGCCCAGGCCCCCAUACAACAAUGUUGUUUGAGGUUGUAACCUUACGGGCACGUAUUGAACCGAAGACGAUACUGCCACUUGGUCGUUGUGCAAGCAAAAUUUGGUUCAGCCCGCGACUUUUGCGAGGAAACAAGACUCGCCACUUCUGCCGUGUUUUGACGUGGUAUUCUUAGUGGUCACUGACGUGACGCCUUCCUUUCCGUAUGUCCC